UGUUGCUCGCGUCGCAUUACUUCCGCAACUUGAUGACCUCUACUUCCGUGUUCUGAAUGUAAUUUGGCAAUGGAUGCAAAUGCUGUAAAGGCCAUCAUUUUUGACUUGGACAACACCCUCAUCGAAACACAUCGGGCAGGACGAUAUGCGAUUCAAAAGACCCAGGAAUUUUUGAAAACCUCACUGGCUAUUGACGAUGACACCAUCACCAAUAUUUGUGACAAGUUCAAGCAGAAACUUCUUCAUGAGAACUUUGACCCUACAGCCGGCAGAUCCAUUGAUGAGGUUCGAGUGGGUCACUGGGAAGACAGCAUUAAGGAAAGUGUAGACAGUUGUUCAGCAUCCUCUCUGGCACGUCAGUGCUACUACCUGUGGAAAAAUACUCGACUGGAGCUGCUCAAUUUGUCCCCAGAGAUCUCCAAUCUUCUGAAACAACUUCGGAGGAAAUACAAGCUGCUGCUCCUGACCAACGGGAACGCUCAAACACAAAGGGAGAAAGUGGAGGCAGCCGGUUGUGAAGGCUUUUUCGAUAGAAUUGUACUGGCGGGAGAUUACGCUGAACAGAAACCUUUCCCCUCCAUCUUUAGACUGUGUUUUGACCUGCUGCAGGUGGAGGCCCAAGACUGCAUAAUGGUUGGAGACUCACUGGACACUGACAUCCAGGGAGGGUGGAACGCAAAUGUACGUGCUACAGUUUGGAUUAAUAGUACAGGUGACGCUUUGCCUGUCGGUUCAGUGACACCUGACUUCACACUUUCUACUGUCUUGGACCUGGAAGACAUUUUGGCACAACUAAAAUAGGGAAGACCUUGAACCGGUUUAGCCCUAUAGAGCUCGUGCACCUAUGUCACCAAAAUCACGUGACUGGCCAUAUUGACGGUCAAACAAAGGAUUGUUGCAAGUUAAUUUUGUACACGUACACGGAAGCGAUUGUGGCCACACGUUAACCUCUGUUGCGACAGACGUUUUAUUUUCUUUUUUUUAUACGCAUUGUUCUCAAAUGGGCCAACUUGGCAUUAUAAAUACUUUGUGGUAAUUUGAGAUUGAGAAGAACAAUUCCUACCUGAAACAAAGCGAUCACUACACAGGCGUAUGUGUAUUUUGGUUGGGCACCAUCCAUCAUGUUUAAUUGCCGAAAUCCAUUGAUAUUUUCUUGUCUUUUCAGCUGGACUUUCAUAGAAUGAUCUAUUUGAAUACCUGUCUAGUUUGUUGUGACAACCAACAGCACAACAGGUCUGGGGCAAUUUGAAGAAUCUGCUCCCGCAAUGCAGAGCAGCUCUUUUUAACUGGCAAUAUGGCACAGUGAAAAUUGUGACGUCACGUGCACGAGCUCUAUAUUUUAUCUUUUUUUUUUGGGUUUGUUUGCCAAAGAUGGUCUAAAAUAUGAGAAUAAAAUGAAUACCUACUGCUGUAAAUGUGCUCUACAUGUUUUAAAUGCAUUUUCAAGUAAUAACAGAAUUUGUCAAAAGAAGAUGCAUCCAACCCUCAUUAUUUUUGUAAGUAUUCCUACUUACUGUGCAUCACAGAACCAUCACUGUUAAAAGUCAGUUGUUGAUAGCAAACUUUUUUUUACAUCAUCACCAAUGCAUAGAUUUUUUUUCUAAACGACAACACACAAACAUCUCACUUGUAAGCGUCAUCAUGAAUUAUGAUGUCACAUCCGUGAUCACAUGGUACGAUGUCAUAGAGGGGUUAUGGUGCUUAACGAGCUCUUGACGCAAGCAAACGGUCCUAAACGGUAAAUUUUUCACAUCAUGUAAAAAUAAUAAAAUGGCAAUGGGUGUAAACUCAAAUAUUCAAAACUCAUCAACUGGAACUGGUAGGUACUUUCUGCUUGUAGCACCCAGUUUCCGCAAGUAAUCUCUGUAGGCGCCAUUACCUUUGCAUGCCCAGUAUAAUUUUAUACACCUGUUGC